GCCACGAUCUGGAAAUGGCUUGUCCGGCGGACCGACAUAUCUGUUGGCCCUCACCGAACUUUCAAUCAUCUAACGUUCGCAGAGGUGUUGGCAUUGGAUAAUCUCAACAAAAGUCGAAAUACUCGUCCGGGGUUGGAUUUUAUCAAUGGCAAUGGGCAGACUCGGCAAGCCGUUCCAUCUACUGCCGUAGGGCUUGGCGAGCAUAAUGACAUACGAAUACAUGCCUCUCAGGAGAUAAUGUGGGAGGCCAUCACCGGACAUGCGAUAGAUUAUAAGCGCGUUCCUCGCUCCGAAUGGCUUUUACUUCUUGGCAUCGCUUCAACGAAAGCCCAGGGGAUAUUACAGGGCGAUCUCGGUCGCCUGGUUGACCAAGACAAACGUUCAGUACCAAAGCGAACGGAUGCACUGGUCAAGAAAGGUUAUAUCACCAAGCGUACGACUCUUGUUCGGGGAACAAAAACAAGCAAGAUGUGGCUUAAAUCAUUUGCUCCCCCAUUGCCAAAAGACAGGAACACAGCUGCGGAACCGGAGGCUGAGAUGAAUCUCUCCCGCCAGGUUCUUGCCAUUAAUCUUGAUGCCGUUCCUUGGCACACGAGAUGGACGGGGGAGUCUGUCGAUUAUACAGCAUUGGCAACCACUAUAAUGGCAAUUUGUAAGGAAUGGGGCGUCUUACGCAUGCAAGAUUUGAAAUCCAAGUUGGGUGUCCUUGGCAUGCGAUGGCAAAUGAAAGUGGUUUCUAAAGUCUGCCGGUUUCUGAACGCGCGAGAUGCGAUUCGUUAUGUUGCUGCAAAAUUGAACAACAAAGUCUUUAAUGACUGUGUUCAGUUCAAUCGUGAUCUGACACCCAAAGAUUGGUCUAUUUUUCUGGCAACUGGAAAGCGGGCUGGCAAGCUUGCCAGAUCCAGUGAAUUUUACAGCCAAGAUGGUCACGAUAUUGCCGACUCUUUUCUCAACCAGACCGCCUCUUCGAAAUGUCUAGGCGUCGCCCCGACGUGGUCAUCGGAUCAACCGUUGGCUGCUACUAUUACAAAGAACAUUAUGGCGUGUGGCGAGGCAGGGUUGACGAAUCCAGACGUGUAUGGGCUUACUCUAGGUGUAUCUUUUACACGUUUUUUGUCAUCCUUGACGACUUGUAUUUCCACGCCCAAUAUCCAGCCUACUCAGUUACAGCAUCUCCAAGUAAGAAGUGAGCAUUCUAGAGCUGGAAAAGUCGCAUCCUAUAGAUACUCGCUGCCCUCGGUGCUUCAAUUGCCCGAUAUUAUGACAACUAAUAUCGUACAAGAGGAUCCCGAGCGGCGAACCGACUCACGCCUAUCAUACGGUUUCUCACAAGAUCUACAUCCCAUUGGAACUUCAAAAUUGGCUAAUCUCAGCCAAGCUAAUUUAUCUCAAAAAAGACAGAGGGGCAGGCCUCGAAAGAUUAGAUCAGAGCAUCAGAAUGACUGGAUUGGUAACGAUAACAAUCUACAGCAAGUAUCGGGUAUCAGCCAUUCAGACGUCAAUCUCACAGAUGAAAACCACUCCAUCGCGAGAGAUUCAAUAAUUGUCAAGCUAAAGGUACCUCAGGAUGCGCUCAGAGAGCUCAUGGAUCCCCUCCUUAAACCACAGGCAGCUAGUCAAGAAACAAAUCUCCUAGAAUCGGAAUCAACGACAGAAGCAGCACCGGAUGCUCUAACAAACGAUACCGCCCAAGGCAUGGAUGCACUACUAUCACCUGGUUUACGUAUGCCUAUAGAAUCCUCUCGAUCUGUAGGCCGUGGACGAGGCCGAGGGUGUGGCCGGGGCUCUAGUCGCCUCAGUAGCAGAGGCCAGGCUGAUUCUUUCGGCAAUGACACAAACAAACGUAAAGGAUGGAAUUGUGAAAAAUGUGGCAGGACUUGGAAGAAUGAUAUUGGCCUCAAAUAUCACCUCGAAAAAUCUCAAACUUCUUGUAAUCCAUCUUAUAGCCCGUCUAAUAUGGAUGGAUUUCGCAGGGAGAUCAAGUCUGCCCCUCGUUCAACGAGCGCAACUAAGUCAGCCGAGAGUCCCACUUCAGUGUCUGUUCCACUGACAAGGGCUUCACAUCGAGUUGGUACAGCUAAUGCAACUGAAGACCAAGAAAGGGGAGAAGAGGAACAGGAUGAUGAAGAGACUUCAACACUCAGGCUGUCACCAAUACGGACCAGACCCAAGACUGGUAAAUAUUCACAUGGUGCGAUAUCACCAGCUGCUCUCAGUCACCCGAAAGAGAUCUAUGGUUUGAAUCAACCCUCAAACGUACAAUCUAUUCCAGAGCAUAGAAAUACUCUGAAUCUUUCAUCUCUUCCGCAGGAGCAGACAACUGUCCAACGAGUGGAUAUAAGACAAUCAAAUCAAAUUCUCAGCUUGAAAAAUCGGAAAUCUCAUACUAGCCAGGAGAUAGAUACCCCCAACAUUCGCGACAAAUAUAGUAAGCCUGAUUAUGAGACUACAUCCUCAGCAUAUGGCGCGGGGAAGACAGAGGUAGCAACUGCUAGCAGCCAAAAAUCCCAUGGAUCUAUACCUGGCAACAUGGGAGGAAAAGAGGUUUCAAAGAAAAAGUCUCUUAGAAGUGAGGUUGCUGAUCAAAUAUCUGCACUUCUGAUGGAUAUGCUUGUCCAGCGAGAUGGGGUUCUCCCCGGAGGGCAUUCUCUUUGGCAUGCUCUCACCACCGUAUGGAACAGUAGAUAUUCUGAGAAGCCAGUACCGAAAACAAAAGACUACCAAGGGGCUUUGAGCCGAAUGAUCAAAUCUAAGUCAGUCCUGGAGCAUUGGCAUGGGUUUCAAGAUCAUGGUGGCCUCUUCGCCAAAUGUCAAGUUAUUACGUUACCGCAUCUUGAUGCCUUCUCUUCGGAAGUCUUGGCUGUUGUUGAGAAGAUUAAGCAAAGACACCCCCAACUCUUCAUCCCCACACAAUUUCGAUCUCCAAGUAAUGAUGUUGAUUACGGAGAGAAGAAGGAGAACCGUCGAGGACGUCGUAUUCUUGCUGGCGAAGUCGCUCGGCUGGACGCUCCGGUGUACGCAGCUCAAGCUUCAGCCAAAAGGCGCCACGGGAUGAUGAGCGACAUUACCACUCCAAGUAAGCGAAGAAAAUUCGCUCAGGCCGAUACGAAUAGCCCAAAUUUCGCAUCUCUUUCUACACUACCACACGACAAGUAUCAAGUGAGAUGGGCCGAAAACAGCUGGUUGUCUGACAAUACUAAUGUCCCGAGUCAAAAGAACCCUAGCAUGGCUCACGCGACUCAUGGAACCAAGAUACAAUUCUUAACACCAAACUUAUUCUUAGAGGACGAUUGGUCUGUUAACGAUCACCGAGUGCCACAAGGAACAAUGCGGCCCCUCCCAUUUACUGAUAUGGAUGCUACUUUCCAUGGCUCACCAACCCCUGUAGCGGUAAAGGUUACCAUGACCGAACCUGUACGGAUUCUGGGCAAUGAUGGAAACUGGCCAUAUCUUGAGUUGCAGUUUUUUGAAGAAAAAAGCAGUAUCUCUAGCUUCACGUUGUGCGGCUGGAUGCCUGAUGCAGAGUGGUUCAAUUGGGCUGAUAUUGUCCAAGGCCUUGACAAACGGAUUUCCGGGAAUGAGAUGGGAAGGCCACCUUGCACAGUCAACACCGAAGCUGCUCAUGACAGAUUCAUGAAAGGCUUAAUCGACUGUCUCGAUCUAGAGCUGGCUCAAAGGGCACAGUUUAUUAACGCGCCACCCCUGGUUGCUGGCCCCUACAACCUAUUCGUCAAUUUUUCAGCUGGUUUUGAAACUGUCACUUCAUUGCCUGAUCCACACUGGCAGCAUCAGGAACAGCUGGGUCCUCAAUCUGUUGACAAGAUUUUGCAUGAAUUAGAAGCCUUGACAUCAAGUGAUGACGAAGACUCUGAGUUCAGCUUGGAUGCUUCGGUUCUGAGAUAUUCAAGGCGCCCCCUAAAUACUGGUGAAAUGAUACAAUCGAGGGUUAAACGAGUGGCUCUGAUAACUCGCCCGCUUACCUCAAUAUCCCCGAGGGAAACGUACGGAAUGGACGAGUCGGGGGCGCUGGAGAUUGAGGAAGGCCGGCUGACAAGCCAAGAAGACCUCCUGGCCGCUUUUGUUGUCGUCCGAGUCCUGCUGGGAGGUGCAGAUAAAGCAAUAGACUGGGGCCUUUUGCUUCACAUCUUCCCGAACAUGCGACUGCCUAGCUUGCGUAAAUUCUGGGCAGUUGCAUGUAAGGAACAAGGGCCACAUAUAAAAAAAUUUACGCGAGAUGUUCAAGAACGGCUGAUCGAAGCUCUUGAAAACCAUGAACUCCCUAUGGUAGACUUUGAAGAGCCGAUUGAAUAUGAUUGGCAGAUGCUUAUUAAAUGGGCAACAAGAAUAUCUCGCCAGGAAGGCUAUCAAAUUCCUCAGUCAAGAGAACUUCUUGCCCACCGGUUUUUGCUGAAAGCCAGCAGCCCCAGCGAGGAAGACUGGUGCGAGAGAUAUUUUCACGCUCAAUCAUCAAUUUUUUCCAGGUUUGAGGCGGUCACAUCAGAGCCCGCUGCACUACCUGUCAACCGAGUCUUUGAUCGUGUUGGCGACAAUGCCGACGCUGAGAAUGCAGACAUUGCAAGAUCGUGGAUCAAGUCACUUUGCUGCACUGGCGAAGCAAAAUACUCUGUACGAAAAAUCAAGGAAAAAUUUCUCACGCUGUCAAGGGAAGGCACAGAUCAAGGUUCACUGCUGCUUAAGGAAGCCAUCGAUCAACUCACUGCUCAAAGGGUCAUUUGCAGGAGCAAAAAGACGCCAUUUGGUGGGCGUCCAUAUAGGCUGAGCGAAUGGUAUUUGUCAACGCUGAGUAGGGUGGCACAGCGCUCAAAAUACGAAGAGGCAGCAGCUUUCAAAAGGCGUAUGGAUGCCAUUUUCCGUACGGGGGAUGCAUUUGAGAUACCGUAUACUCUGAAUGAUGGUUCUAUGAUGGCACUGACGAACUUGAAUGCUACUGGGAGAAUUACGCUUGUUCCCAUGGAUAUACCGAAUAUUCCCUUUGGGUUCGAACCGGGCAACUAUGAAAGCCGAAAAUAUCCUAAAUCCUAUUACCAUUUCCGUCUUCAGGCCGUUCCAACAGGCUUGUAUCAGUACAGCGACGACAUUGCCGUGUUACAUGCCGUGACACAAGAAGAUUUGCCCUCCACGACCUUGAAAGGGGAAAUCCCACAAUGGAUCGACUUUUUUGGAGAGAAAGAUAGCAAAAGAUGGUCUGACAUACUGGGAGCCAUUUGCUUUACUUAUGCCACUAAAGGGCCCAUGGCUGUCAGAGACGUCUGUAACUCUUUGCGGCCUAUUCUUGAUGAAUUUGAGGCGAGGCUUAUUGUAAGCUGGGGCAUAAAAACCGGCAUUUUCGAAGAGGCAAUAGGUGGAUUGGCUGUAACUGUUGGAGAGUGGUGGUGGCUAGCUGUGCCAUGGCAAUACAAUCGACAAUGA